ACAUUCGAGCCAAUCAACAACAUUCAACAUUCAGUCAGCCAAAAAUUUGUUUGAAACACACUCACACACACAGAAAACAAAAAAAAUAAAUUCCAACAACGAAAUAAAAUAAGAUGGCAAUAGUGAAGCAAAAAACCCAACAAGAGUCAACGCAACAAACACUCAAAUUCAAGUCCAAAUCAAAGUCAAAGCCCAAAUCAAACACCAAUCAAAUGGUCAAUGUAAUAACUGUGCUCAAGACGCAGCCAACGCUCAGCAGCAAACCUCAAGUUGCGCCCAGCAAAAAGUUCAAAUGGCGUCCAAGGAAACCGCAACAAACCGUGCGACGAUCCAAGUUAAUGGCCAAUGCACUGCUGCCGCUGAUGUCCGAUAAGAGAGUCGAGGAACACAAGCCGGAACAGACGAAGACGACGAACAAAUCAAGGCCAACGAAGGCGACACAAACGCUGCUCGUCGUACGCGAUACGCUGCAGUUGAAGCAUGCAGCGAAGAGCGAGAAAUCUCAGCAGACAGCGGAGAAGAAGCGAACCCAACGUUUGCCUCCCAUGCCAUUCAAGCAUAAGCUGCAUCCAGUGAGCGGUGGCAAUGCACCGGCAUCGGCAUCGACAUCGACAGCUGCAACUGCAGCUGCAUCUGGCAUUAAGCCCCUUUCGAGUCAAAAGCAAAACGAUGUUGAGGUGCCGCUUACGACACGAUUGCCCAUCAUUGACUUUAUUUCCACCGAUGAUUUUGCCCGCAUGCAUGCCUUUAAGAAGGCAAAGGCCGCCAGACGUUUGUCAAAGCAACGAGCAGCGAGUAACGAGUAAUAUGUAACGAGUAACGAGUAAUGCGAGAGUGAACGGCGGGUAUCGAGUAAUUGGCAAUUGCUACAUUAAAUUCUAAAUUUGAAGAUGUCGUUGUUAAAUAAAUUAACGCAAUUUUGGUUAA